UCAGUUGUGUUAGUUUGGAGCUAGGGGGAGAGCGGGAGCACAGACAGUCCCGGGAGAUGGCAGUGCCCAGGAGACACCCCUGCCCGCCGCUGCUGCACCUACUGCCGCUGUUCUGCUGCCUGGUCUGGAGAUCGAUCUGUGCCCAGGAGCUUCCCAAUAACGGAGUCAAUGGCUACAGCCUGCACCCACCAUACUUCAACCUGGCAGAGGGCACCAAGAUCUCCGCCACUGCCACCUGCGGGGAGGGAGAGGAUGGCAGACCGCUGGAGGAUCUGUACUGCAAACUGGUGGGGGGACCAGUGUCUGGGGAUCCCAGCCAGACCAUCCAGGGCCAGUACUGCGACAUCUGCUUAGGCAGCAGUGGAGAUAAGUCUCACCCGAUCACCAACGCCAUUGAUGGAACUGAACGAUGGUGGCAGAGCCCUCCGCUUUCCCGGGGACUGGAGUACAAUGAAGUCAACGUUACCUUGGAUAUGGGGCAGGUUUUUCAUGUUGCUUAUGUUUGGAUCAAGUUUGCAAACGCUCCCCGACCCGAUCUAUGGGUAUUGGAACGGUCUACAGAUUUUGGUGCCACUUACCAACCCUGGCAGUAUUUUGCAUCUACCAAGAGAGACUGCAUUGAACGCUUUGGAGCACACACUCUACACCGGAUCACCAAAGAUGAUGAUGUCAUCUGUGUUACAGAGUAUUCCCGCAUUGUGCCACUGGAGAAUGGAGAGAUUGUGGUUCCCUUGGUGACAAAGCGUCCAGGAGCUUUGAACUUCUCCUACUCCCCUCUUCUCAGGAACUUCACCAAAGCAACCAACAUUCGUUUACGGUUCCUCAGAACCAACACCUUACUGGGGCACCUUAUGGGCAUAGCACAGGGAGAUCCCACUGUAACCAGAAGGUACUUCUACAGUAUCAAAGAUAUCAGCAUCGGAGGGCGCUGUGUCUGUAACGGACAUGCUGAAGUCUGCAGUGCCAAGGACCCCACAAACCCAUACAGGCUACAUUGUGGCUGUCAGCAUAAUACUUGUGGACCAUCAUGUGACACCUGCUGUCCUGGCUACCACCAGCUACCGUGGAAACCAGCGACCAUGGAUAAUCCCAAUGAAUGUGAACCUUGCAAUUGUAAUGGACAUGCCUAUGACUGCUCCUAUGACGCGGAGGUUGAUAGGGUCCGGGCGAGUAUGAAUCUGCAGGGCCAGUACGUAGGAGGAGGAGUGUGCUUAGACUGCCAGCAUAAUACUGACGGCGUCAAUUGUGAACGAUGCCGCCCUGGAUACUAUAAAUCACCGGACCAUCCCACCGACUCUCCGUACACUUGUCAACGCUGUGUCUGUGACUUUGAGUUUAUGAGUGGAAAUUGUGAGGACCUUACGGGAAGAUGUUACUGUAAACCUAACUAUACAGGCAAGGACUGCAGAGCCUGCGCGGAAGGAUAUACGGAUUUCCCAGAGUGUUAUCCUGUUCCUGAUACAUCUGACAACACUGGUGCCCAGAACCAGCCGGCGGGGGAAAUCAUAACCUGUGAUUGUAACGUAGCUGGAACAGAGGGAAACGCCUGUCGGCGAGACCCAUUUACCGGCAGCUGUAUCUGCAAGUACAACUUCCAGGGAGAGGCUUGUGACAUAUGUGCCCCUGGCUACUACAACGGCACCUGCCAAGAGUGCCAGUGCUCCGGACCUGGCGUGUACGAUGGGAGCUGUGAUAAGGACACCGGACAGUGUGUGUGCCGGGAUGGCUUCGAAGGAACGUUCUGUGACCGAUGUGCUGCGGGCUAUUUCAGUUACCCCCUGUGCCAGUUGUGUGGAUGCAGCCAUGUAGGCACCUUACCCGAAGGCUGCGAUCAGAGAGGGCGCUGCUACUGCAAGCCGGAAUACGAUGGUCCUAGAUGUGAGCAGUGCUCAGGGGGAUAUCACUCCUACCCCUACUGCCAAGUUUGUUCAUGUGAUCGUCGGGGAGCAUUGGACAAUAACUGCACUCCAACUGGACACUGCCAGUGUCACCCCAAUUAUGCUGGACCCACCUGCAACCAGUGUGCCCCUGGCUACUAUGGGUUCCCUACUUGUACACCUUGCCAUUGCUCCAGAGAAGGAUCCCCCAACAGCAUUUGUGACCCACAGAGUGGACAGUGCAGGUGUCGCCCUGGAGUCACCGGACUGAGAUGUGACAUCUGUGCCAGCGGAACAUAUGGAUUUCCAAACUGUGAAGUGGGACCCUGUAAUCCGGCUGGAUCUACCUCUGUCAGCAUAGAUCCUCCAGAGGGCUCCUGUGAGUGCAAGGAGAAUGUGGAGGGCACGGCUUGUGACAAGUGUAAACCCUUAUACUGGGACCUCUCAUCUGAACACCCCGAAGGCUGCAAGCGAUGUGAUUGCGGCUCAGGGACAAUAAAUGGAGUUGGAGAGUGUCGGCAGGUGACUGGCCAGUGUUUCUGCAAACCCAACAUAUGCAGCGGAUCGUGUAGCAAGUGCAAAGAUGGAUUCUACAACCUGAAGCCUGACAGCUAUUUCGGGUGCAAGGGAUGCCAGUGUGAUAUCGGAGGCUCUGUCGGCUUGGCGUGCAACGCGAGGACCGGUGAAUGCCAGUGCCGUGAGAAUGUGCAAGGUCCCCAGUGCAACCAACCAGUUGGCAGCUAUUACUUUCCAGAUCUGCAUCACCUGAAAUUUGAAGUGGAAGAUGGGCGAACAACCGAUGGAAGACCAGUCCGCUUUGGAUACAACCCUCUGGAGUUUGAAAACUUCAGCUGGAGAGGAUAUGCUCAAAUGUCUCCUUACCAGCCUAAGGUCAUUUUGACAAUCAAUGUGACAUCCCCCGACCUCUUCCGAGUCGUGUUUCGAUAUGUGAAUCGUGGUGUCGACAGCGUUUACGGGAAGGUGUCACUCAUUGAAGAGAAGAAGUUUAACGCUUGUGCCAAUUGUUCUGAACAGAUCAAGCAGAUCGUCUUUCCUCCAAGCAAAGACCCAGCCUUUGUCACCAUUCCACAUGGAAGUUUUGGUGAACCCUUUGUCCUGAAUCCUAACACAUGGUCUGUUGUGAUUGAGGUGGAGGAUGUGCUUCUGGAUUAUCUGGUCCUGCUUCCUAGUGCUUACUAUGAGGCUCCGAUCCUCCAGGUGAAAGUGACUGAGGCCUGCACUUACUCACCCUCCCAGGAGCAGAGCAAUCAAAAUUGCCUUUUGUACAAAUAUCUCUCCCUGGAUGAAUUUCCAUCAUUGGAAGGCAGUGAUGGGGUCUGUCGCAUGGAUAAUAGUCUUCCACGGCCCUGUCAGACUGAGCAGAUAACUCUACGACAUCCACCACUGAUUGGUUGCUAUGGAAGUGAUAUUGAGGUCUUGUUCCACCUACCAGUCCCCCACCCCGGUCGUUACGCCGUUGUUGUUGAAUAUGCCAAUGAGGAGGACCUUCAGACAACCAAUGUAGCAGUAAACUCUCCACAGAUCCCUCCACAGCAUGGAACCUUCACCUUCUACCCUUGCAAGUUCAGUUUCCUGUGCCGUGGGGUGGCUUUGGAUGCCCAGCAGAAGGUAGCCUUUUUUGAUUUAACGACCGAAGUGACCAUUCGAUUCUCAGCAGAUAAGACACAACUGCACUUGGGCAAGAUCUUCUUGGUCCCUGCUGAUAAGUACACCAUGGAGUACAUUGAGCCGAGAGUUCAUUGCAUUGCCGUUCAUGGAGCCUUCAACCCUAGCAGUGGUUCCUGCACUCCUUCAAGAUUCCAUAAACCUUCUCAGUCAGUGGUAUUGACUGACGGGAAGACUAGUACAGAUGCCAACAAUGGCCAAAAGGUGCCUUUCCACCCUGCACCAUUGCCUCCAACAGCUGUAGAUGCUACUAAGUUGAUCCGGUUGCAGUCCCCAGAGACGGAGGUGACCUUUAAUGGCCACGUUCCUACCCCUGGGCGUUACGCCUUCAUUAUCCACUACUAUCAACCCUUACAGCCCUCAUUUACUGUUGAGGUACGAGUGCAUGGAGGACGCAUAUGGCAAGGUUCAGCUAAUGCUACGUACUGUCCUCAUGGUUAUGGCUGCCGCAGCUUGGUCCUUUCUGAGGAUCAAGCCAUUAUAGAUGUGGUUGAUAAUGACCUGUCAGUCAGCAUCCGUGCCCCUGAUGGCAAGAUAAUUUGGCUGGAGUACAUUCUGGUCAUUCCUGAGGACAGUUACAGCUCCACUUACCUGGUGGAGGAACCACUGGACAAAUCAUACAACUUUAUCAGUCAGUGCGGAGCCAACAGCUUCCAGAGCAACCCGGCCACCUCUAAGUUCUGCAGAGAUGCUGCAAUCUCUCUGUCUCUCUUCUAUAACAAUGGGGCCCAGUCCUGCAAUUGUCAUGAGGCUGGCUCUCUGAGCACCACUUGUGAGCUGUAUGGAGGCCAGUGCUCCUGCAAGCCUAAUGUGAUAGGAAGAGAUUGUUCCCGCUGUGCCACAGGAUUCUGGGGAUUCCCUGACUGCAGACCCUGUGACUGUGGGUUGCGUCUGUGUGAUGAAGUGACCGGGCAGUGCAUAUGUCCCCCGCACACUGUGAAACCAGAGUGCACAGUAUGCCAGCCCCAAACAUUCGGCUGUCACCCCCUGGUGGGCUGCGAGGAGUGCGACUGCUCUGAAAUUGGACUGCAGAACUUUACCCAACCAGGAUGUGAUAUCCAGACCGGCCAGUGCACGUGUAAACCAAACAUCAUGGGACGUCGCUGUGAAAAAUGCGCACCUGGUUUCUAUGGGUACCCAAACUGCAGACCCUGUGAAUGCAACCAGGCAGGCACCGAGCAAAUUAUAUGCGAUCCUGUUACAGGGCGAUGUCUCUGCAAGGAAAACGUUGAAGGUCGUAACUGUGACCAGUGUCGCCUGGGCACUUUCUUCCUGGAUGCCAACAAUCCUAAGGGCUGUACCCGUUGCUUCUGUUUUGGAGCCACUGAUCGCUGCCACUCUGGAUCCAAGUAUCGUACUGAGUUUAGUGACAUGAGAGGAUGGGUUCUGGUUGGAGGAGAUCGCCAGGAGGUGGAGAUCACACAACUUCUUCAUAGAGGUCUCGUUAAGGCUGAUCUGAGAGAUGUUCCUGAUGUCUACCAGGAGUUCUACUGGCAUGCACCACGCAGCUACCUUGGAGACCGAGUUUCUUCUUAUGGUGGGUUCUUGAGGUAUGAGCUGAAUUCUGAAGCCAUUAGAGGAGAUCAGAUCUACAUUCCUGUGGAGCGGCGGCCAGACAUCAUACUAAAGGGGAACCAGAUGAGCAUUGCUUUUUUGGAGCCAAAAUAUCCUCUACCCGGAGAUAUUCACAGAGGCCAGGUCCAGCUUAUAGAGAGUAACUUCAUUCACAUUGGUACCAAUUAUCCCGUAUCCCGUGAGGACAUCAUGAUGGUUUUGGCAAAUUUGGAAGCACUGCAUAUUCGAGCUUUGAAUUCCCAGUCCUCCUCCAUGGUGUCUCUGUGGCAGGUUGUUCUGGAGAUUGGUCAAGGGACUGGUGUUGGAGUGAAGGCCAGCAAUGUGGAGCUGUGUAUGUGCCCUGCCAACUACCGUGGCGACUCCUGUCAGGAAUGUGCCCCUGGCUUUUACCGAGACAAGGGUCUCUUCUUGGGCAAGUGCGUGCCCUGUAGCUGCGGUGGGCAUUCGGACCAGUGCUUACCUGGGACUGGCAACUGUGUGAAAUGCCAGCACAACACGGAGGGUGACCAGUGUGAGCGCUGUAAAGAAGGGUUUGUACCCAACGGAACAGUGGGUGGAGUGUUACACUGUGUUGCUUGCCCUUGCCCUCUGUCUGUGCCCUCCAACAAUUUUGCCAUUGGAUGUGUACAAAGGGGUUCAUCCACUCAGUGUCUCUGUAAACCAGGCUACGCGGGGGCAAAAUGUGAACGUUGCGCUCCUGGUUACUAUGGAAAUCCUAUGGUCAUCGGAAGUUCCUGCUUGCCCUGUAAUUGUAAUGGGAACACAGACUCUAACAUGCUGUUCAGCGAGUGUGACCCCCUAUUCGGGACAUGUUCUGGCUGCAUGUUCAACACCGCCGGGCCGCACUGCGAGGUGUGUGCGCCGGGCUUCUAUGGAGACGCGAUAGCUGCCAAAAACUGCACCAGUUGUAAUUGUUCUCCCUGUGGAAUGGACACGUGUGACCCAAGAACUGGAAGAUGUCAGUGCAAACCUGGAGUGACUGGUCCAACUUGUAACCGCUGUGAGGAAGGCUAUUAUGGAUUUGAUGGGUGCUCAGGGUGUCAGAGAUGUAGCUGUGGCGAGGGCUCAACCAGUUCUAGUUGUGAUCCCCAAACUGGUCAGUGUCACUGCCUCCCCGGUAUAACAGGUUCCCGCUGCCAGCAAUGUGCCCCUGGAUAUUGGAGGUUCGGUCCUAGUGGCUGCACAAAAUGUCAUUGUAAAGGAGGCUCAUGUGACCCACGGACCGGGGAGUGUAAAUGUAGUGACGGGCUCAUUGGGAAGCAGUGUGACACCUGUAGCCGCCCGUACGAGGUACCAGUCAGCCAUGGACCAGAAGUGAUGAAGUGUGAACCUUGUGAUAGUUGUGUGGUGACUCUGCUGGAGGACCUGCAACGUAUGGCAGACUUUAUUCCCAGCAUCAGAGACCAACUCGCCAACCUGAGUAUCAGUUCCAUUGCAUGGACUCGUCUAGGCGGUCUCAAUGCCUCCAUUGCAAAUUUGACGGAUCUAUGGCUCCAGUAUCAAAGCUCCAUUAAUGGUAUUAAAGAUAAAGCUGAUGAUUUGGAAGAUGAUAGUUUUAGUCUUUCUCAAGACUUUGAUGCACUGCAGGAGAAGGUGAAUUCAACAAACAGAACAGCAGUCAAUGUACAGAAAAUGACCAGGGAAACCAAUCUGAAAGCAAAAGACCUGAUGAACCAAGUACAGUUUUUAUACAAUAAUUCUCUGGGACUGAUUAAUCAGCUGAGCAAGAUUGGCUCCUCAAACACCAGUAAUGUCACAUCCACUGAGGAGUUUAAACGGAUCAUGACUGAUGUGGAAAAAAUGUUAAGGGAGAUGAGAGACAAGGACUUCAGCCACGCCAAAGACCUCGCAUGGAAGGAGCAUGAAGAAGGCAAAAAACUACUGGAUCGAAUAAAAGCUGAGCUGCUCUCCAGUCUAAAGGCCAACCAAGACCUACUGAAUGAGAUUAAGAAGAGACUUGAAACGUAUAGCUCAGAAUUAAUGGAUUUACGGGAUGCCUUGAAUGAGGCAGUGAACAAAAUCAUAGAGACUGAGGCUCUCAACAGCCUGAACUACAACAACCUGGAGGAGAACAAGCUUAAGAUCAAUGACUUGAAGGCACAACACAAAGAACUAGUGGAUGCAAUUAAGAUGGGAGAAGAUGCUCUGGCUCAAGUCUCGAACAUUUGGCAAAUGAUAGAUGACAUGAAAGAGGAGUAUGAAAAGUUGGCAGCUGGACUGGAUGGGGCCAGAGGCCCAAUUAUGGAUAAGGUGAAGCAGUUCUCCCCAGCAAGCAAUAAGCUGUCUGUUGUAGAACAGGCAGAGGAACAUGCAAGACUCCUAAGUCAAGUGGCAAAGAAUUUGUUCAAUGCCAUUGGAGACUCCAACCAAGAUGAGUUUAUCCAGAAGGCCAUAAAUGCCUCCAAUGCUUACUCCAGCAUCAUUGAUGCCAUAAAGCAGGCUGAUAGAGCUGCAAAAGAUGCCAACCGAGUGGCUGGAGAGACGCUUAAGAACAUCCUAUCUGAGCAGCUUGGGAAAAGAGGGAAAGAACUGAAGAACAACAGUUCAAAGUUAGAACAUGAUGCCAAAACUUCCCAGGAAGAAUUAAAUGGAGAUGUCCUGAAGAAGCUGCAGGAAGCAAAGAAGAAGCUUCAGGACAGCAAAACAAAGAGGGAAAAUCUUCAAUCGGAGCUGAGAUCUGUCAUGGACAAAAUCAGCAUGACACGAGAUAGUGUUUCUGAUCAAAUAGAGAAAGCCAAAGUCAAAGCCACAGAGGCCAACAACACUGCUUCCAGGGUGCAAACCACACUGACAGGUAUCAAGAUGAAUCUAGAUGAGUGGAAGGAUAAAUACGGAAACAUGAAGAAUGAAGAUGUAAACAAGGCUGUAGAUGAAGCCAAAACUACUGUCUCUAACCUAGAAAACACCAUUCCACUGCUUCUGGACAAACUGAAUAAACUGGAGGACCAACAGGGACAGAACAACAGCAUCUCAGACAGCAUCCAACGAAUCCGACAACUAAUCUCACAGGCCAGGGAUGCUGCCAGCAAGGUUAGGGUACCAGUGAAAUUUAAUGGUAGUUCUGGGGUUCAGCUACGUACCCCAAGUAACCUUCCUGAUCUGGCAGCCCACACCUACCUCAAAUUGCACAUCCAGAACCCCAGCCCACAGAACAAGAAGAAGCGUCAAGCUGAAGCUGAACCCACACGUUUUGUGAUGUUCCUUGGACACAAGGAUGGUCAGGGUGACUACUUUGGCUUGGUCUUAAGAGGCAACAGACUGCAGUGCAUCUAUCGUCUCGGGGAUCAGGAACCAACAUACCUUUCCGCUAAUGAGGACAUCAAGGAGCAGUUUGUCACUGUUGUGAUAGAGAGGAUCCUGCAGUAUGGCCAGAUGUCCAUCUUUGUUACAAAGGAUAGCUUACAUGAGUUCAAAGGAGACAGCACAGCCAGUGGAGAUCAGGGGCUUAUCAACUUGGACCCUGGACGAGUGGUGUUCUAUGUAGGGGGGUACCCUGCAGAGUUCAAGCCACCUUCAGCACUGAACUAUCCCAACUUCAAGGGCUGCAUCGAAUUAGACACUCUGAACGAGAAACCCAUCAGCCUGUAUGACUUUGAGAGAACGUUUCAACUGGACACAAUAAAGGAUAAGCCCUGUCCCAGGUCUAAAUCUACAGGAGAUCCUUGGCUGACUGACGGAUCUUACUUUGAUGGAACAGGUUAUGCCGAGGUUAAGUUGGAGAGCCUUCCUGGAGUCAAGAGGUUUGAGAUGGAUGUCCGCUUAGUUUCUCGCAAUGGAAUCAUCUUCUUCCUCGGUGGAGAGGACCAGUUUAUGUGCCUGGCAGCGCAGGAAGGUCAUCUUGCCUUAUAUUACAAUAUUGGAAGUGGAACUGAGAGAGCCAAGUCAAUUGAAUCCUCACCGCUGUUUGUCAGCACCUCCACCUCCAAAGCGAUCCAGGUGAUUGUUGCUGUGAUCGGUGGAAAGAAGAGGAUAUUUGUGCGAUUCGAAAGACUGAAUGUAUUUAGUGUUGAAUAUGAUGGGGGAAGCCUGGAAUCGUCACGAUACUUCUAUCUUGGAGGUCUCCCACCUGAGCAGCUUCCUGAGGGCCUGAAGGACAUUUUCCCCAGUGGAGGUUCCAUCAGAGGUUGCAUGAAGGGGCUCAAGGCAUUAGGGAAAUACGUGGACUUGAAGAGGAUGAACACAACAGGAGUGAGUUACGGCUGCACCUCGGACCUCCUGAUUGCAAGGUCAGUCCAGCUCAAUGGUCAUGGAUUUUUGAACAUGAACCUGAAGAAUGUGCCCAAGUUUCAAGAUGACUUUUAUGCCGGCUUUGGCUUCCAGACCAGUCAGAGUAAUGGGCUGAUGUACUACCAUACUAAUGAGGAAGGACUGUGCCAGGUGGCUGUCCAAAACGGUCAUUUGUCUGUGAAGCUUCUGGCCACUCAGCUUACCUCCAAAACGCCAUACUCCGAUGGUUCCAAACAUUACCUGUCCCUGUACAGCAACAAGAAUGAGUUGCGACUUUAUGUGGAUGAUGAACUACAAGGCAGUGGACGACUAUCUCAGGGUGGUCGCAGAAGACGGCAGGAUACUUCCAGCAACAGUUUACUCCUUGGAGGGGCACCAGAUAGCGCCACCCCAGCCAACUUUAGUGGCUGCAUCAGCAAUGUUUUUGUGAAAAGUAUAACUGGACCUCAGAUGGUUCUGGAUUUGCAGCAGAACAUUCGCAGUGUAAAUGUAACCAUGAAAUGUGAAGAAGUCCCUGAGGAACGACCCCAAGAGAUCAGAGCAGUGGGGCGGAAGGAUAAACUUAAAAUGAAGGCACGGCAGAGGAAGUUGGCUAUGGUGGAACAUAGACAUUUGCAGAACUCAUCCUGUUAUGUUCCUAAACCCCUGAAGGGUGCAUUGAGAUUUGGAGGAUCUUCAUCCAGCCAUCUAGAAUUCACCAAUGUUCCAGGUUCAUUCCAAGAGAGAUUUCACUUCUCCAUGGACGUUCGUCUGAACUCUACCAAUGGUCUUCUCUUCUUCGUGGCUGAUGAGCGAGGAACCUCCUCUUUGUCUCUUUAUGUUUCCAAUGCUCGUUUUGUCCUUAUGAUGAACAUUCGUGGAAAAACACAUCGGCUGAGAAGUAAAGAAAAAUUCACUGAUGGACAAUGGCACACAAUUUUCUUUGGGAAGGAGAAGAAUAAGCUCCGCCUGGUUAUAGAUGGCCUCAAGGCUCAGAGUGGGAUGCUACCCCCAGGGUCCAUCCUAUCUUUAGCAAGCCCGGUUUACAUUGGUGGCAUCCCUGAACUGAGAAACCGUCCAGACAACCUGGACACCACUCUAAAUGGUUUCCACGGAUGUGUGAGGAACCUGAAAAUGGAUGGGAAAUCCUUUGACAACCCAGCAAAAGCUGCAGGAGUCACCCCAUGUUUUGAAGGGUUUACAGAACAUGGCCUCUUCUUCUCAGAUGGGGGAUUCCUAACAUUUGAAAACUUGAUUGACGUGGGACAGGACCUUGAGCUGAAGUUAGAAGUGCGGCCGAUGCACCCAUCUGGACUUAUAUUUCACAUACACACAGAAAAGGGUUAUGCAAUCACCUUGUACUUGGCUGACAGAAAGGUGACUGUAGUCCUGACAGAUGUAAAGGGUAAACAUUCUACAGCGGUUCAUCUGAGACAGCCUCUGUGCGAUGGACAGUGGCACACAAUUGCCGUCACUAAAGGAAGUAAUGUGGUCCAACUGGAUGUGGACACAGAAGGAAACCAUUUAGUAGGCAUCAGUCCGUCCUCUCACGCCAGGAACUGGGGAUCUCUCUAUAUGGGUGGAGUACCGGCACACACUCCCGUCACAGAGCAUCCCCUUUCUCCUUAUCAAGGGUGCAUGAGGAACCUCACCAUCAACAGGAAAGUCAUUGAGGUCUCCAAGUCAGGAGUUUUCAGGGGAUCAGCCGGGAUCAACAUCUGUCCAGCUCUUUAAUUUCAAAGCAUGGACAUUGACAAGGGACUGCUGUUAUUUAAGGGCAGAGACCACUAAACUGUGCCAGUAGUGGGGAAGUGUUGGCUCCUGUUACGUGACCAACAACUAACCCAGAAACAAGGGUGCUUCUUCCAAGGUUGCUUUACCAUUCUAUUUGACAUUUGUUACUACCCUCAACCCCCCCCAUCGUUACCCAAACCACAUCCAUUUACUUUGUAAUACGACUUUCCAGCUGAAUAUUACCAUUGUAAGGGCCCAGCCUUGGUACAAUACAAAAACCUGUCUGGAAUAUGUACCUAAAAAAAGACAGCAUUCCUGCCAUUAUAUGCUAAUAGACACUGGAGCGCUGUGCCAGCAGUUUGCCACGUUGCUGCGGCACAUCUUGUGAUUUCACACAAGCUCUGAACCAAUAAUAUGACCUGUUCACAUGGUUUUACUUGAACUGGCAAAAUGAGUCAGUAUCUGCUACUUAAAAGCUUCUUAAUUUCACAUUGCUUUUGCCAGGGAGCUGUUAAUGCAUAAACUAAGGAUGUGAAAAUGCAAGUUGCUAUGUAAUUAAACAGCCGGUUUUAGGUAAAAUUUAGAAAUAAUGGUGGGAGCAGGUGCUUGGCUACAAAACAAACUUGUACAGAGAUACAGGUGAGAAGCCAUUUCUCCUGCCUGGAGGGGUAACAGGAAAGGGGGGCAAGGAGAUGGCAUCCACACCUAUAUAGAAACUGAUCUCACUGCCCUAGUGUUCUCCAUUUCAGAUCACUGAAAUUGUGGCUAUAUACUCAUAUUAGGUAUAAUCUGCCUUAUUACAAGGACGUCUAUACUUACUAUGUAGCAGCGACAUAGAAGUGGAGAUUAGGAGGUGCCUAUGUAUGAUAUGUCAUCUCCUGCAACUCCGUAGGCUGUAGGAAUAAAAUAACCACUGGGUAGAAACGACCCUAUACAGAUAUUUAUUAUAUUUUCCCUUCCUGUGGUAGAGCAGCGUGAAUAUUUUUUAAAGAAAAAUAUAAAUAUAUAUUUAAGUCUAUUUCACUGAUUUCACCUCUGCACUUACACAUUAAAUGUCUGUAUAUAUGCAUGUGUGGAACUAUUUAAUACACAACACUUGGGCAAUCAUGUAGUCAUGCAUUACCAGGAGAGGCAGCCAGUAAAAAUAAAACUGACAUUGGAGAAUGUGUGUGAUUCGCCUGUGAUAAUGGCUGCCUCUGCUGGGAGAAGAUGAGGCGUGCCCUUUAACUGUACCCAUAACAGGUAAUAUUAGGACUGUAAUGCCUAUAGGAAACAAAGUGCCUAAACCUGCUUGUAUUCGUUGUAGCUUCCCUUUAACAGAGGAAUGUAAAUUCAUGGUACAAAUUGGGUACUCUAAAAAUAAAACCACUUUUUUCUCUC